AAUUAGGACAAACAUGUCAUUUUCAUUUCAAUUUCAGCUUGCAACUUGUGGAAGCGAUGUAAAUCUGAAAUCGUAGAAUCCACCGUCAACUCUCUGUUCAAUCGCCGCCACCGUCAACUUCCUGUUCAAUCGCCGCCACCGUCAACUCUCUGUUUAAUCGCCGCCACCGUAACUCUCUGUUCAACCGCCGCCACCGUAACUCUCUGUUCAACCGCCGCCACCAUCAACUCUCUGUUCAAUCGCCACCACACAACUCGACUCUUUCUUUCUAAGGUAUCUAUGGAUAAGGAAAAUGGUUCUUCUCAGAAAGCUGAAGACUUCAAAUUGAAGAAAAAGAGGAAACGAGAGCGAGAGAAAAAUAUGCUUAGAAAGAAACGCAGAAAAUUGGAAGCAGCUAGAGAGAUGUUGGAGGAUGGGGAGCAGAAUAAAUCAUUCAAAAGCAAGUCAAGGCCUCAUUAUAAUCUAAAUCUGCUGAGCAUCUCUGUCAGUGGCCAAGUUUUGCCAAUUGAUUCUGCUAUUUUUGCUACAUCAAACAAUAGAGGUACCAUUAUUGAUUCUGGAACAACUUUGGCAUACAUUGCAGAAGAGGCUUACAAUCCCUUUAUCAAUGCGAUUACCGCUGCUAUUCCACAAUCUGUGCGCACUGUUCUUUCCAGAGGAAAUCAGUGUUACUUAGUUACCACCAGCCUUGACAUGUUUCCUCAAGUAAGUCUGAACUUUGCCGGUGGUGCGUCUCUCGUUUUAGGACCACAGGACUACCUUAUAAAGCAGAACUAUAUUGGAGAUGGAUCAGUUUGGUGUAUUGGCUUUCAGAAAAUCCCAGGUCAAGAUGUAACAAUUCUAGGAGGAAGAGUUAAAGAAGCAUAUGGUAGAGGAGGAAGGCAGCUCACAUGAUUCUCAAGCCACCAAAGAUUCUACAAGCUGGAAGAAUGAUGCUUAUUCAAAGGUUAAAGGACCUGAAAAGAGAGGACGAGUGCGUUGUCUUGGCAAGCUUCCCCGACAUGCUAGUUCUAGCUCCAAUGCAGAUAAUAGAGUUGCAACAUUAGAGAAUUUGCUUGGAAAUCUAGUUUCUGUUCUUCAAAUGCGGUUUUCUGAAGAUCCACAAGUUAACGAGGUCUUACGAGCUAUAGCUGAAGAGGUUUGAUUUUGUGUCACCUAUUGACCACAAUUUAGAUUCAAAUAUAUGAAAGUGAAGAUACAAUACCAUUCAAAAUUGUAGAUACAUGAAAGCUGGUGCUUCUGUUGAA